GUGCCCACUAGGUAAAUGAUUUCGGUGACAGAAAGGUGCUUUUCACAUCAUCCUGCUGCUGCUGUAUUAGAAGAAUGGAUUAGCACAAAAGAUUAUCAGAACAAAGAGCCAUCAUUGACCCCUAAGUGGCACAUUCCUAGUGAGGAUGAAGUGCUGUUUGCAAAUGAACUUUUAGACCUUCAUUUUCGAUCAGCUUUAGAUGAUCUUCUCAAAAUAUGUCAGAACAAAAUUCAUUCUGAUCCAGGAAAUGAGAAGGAGCACUUAAAAGUGACCCUGUUGCGCAUUGACUCUUCAUUGCAAGGCAUUUUGUCUUGCUUGCCUGAUUUUCGUCCAUCCUUUAGGAAUGGGAGUGCCACAGAUCAGGACUUCAGUUCUUUCAUAAUUGCUGGAGCAUCUGGUUCUACUGUUGGUAGUCCUGAACUGAGGGAAAAAGCUGCAAAGAUUAUACAUGUAGCUUCAAGGUAA